AUGGAAUCAUUAUUUCUAUUAUCAAGUGAUUAUGAGCGUUUGCGGGCUGACGAAGGAGCUCCCCUCUCCGACGUCAAAUUUAAAUGCGGAGCUCAAUCUUUUUCGGCUCACAAGGCUAUCCUGUCUGCGAGAUCUCCAGUUUUUAGGGCUAUGUUCACAACAUACAUGACGGAGAAUCUAAACAACCAAGUGGAGAUAACCGAUACAAGCCCGCAGAAUUUGAAAGUUUUACUAUCUUACAUUUACACCGGUGAAACGGAAGAACUGACUUUUGAUUCUGCGGAAGGUCUUUUGUUCGCGGGUGACAAAUAUCAACUUUUGGAACUGAAAAGGAAGUGCUCUGAGUUUCUGAAGAGUUCCUUGUCAACCGAAAAUGCACUAAAUGUUCUAGUUCUUGGAUAUCUACACGACGACGAAUUGAAGACAUUUGCGUUGGAGUUUAUCUACAAAAAUAUUACUGUUCUGGAGAAAAAGGAGGAUUUUAUUACCUUAAGCGAGUGUUAUUCAUCUUUGUACUUGGAUAUUUUAAAAUUUGUGGGCAAGUCCAGGCGAGAAGAGAGUAUGACGUACCUAAAGUCUUCGAAGAAGGAUUGUAGUAUUUAA